UUAAGUAUUUUUUACAUUUCAAAUAUUGUUAACGAUGUGCUGAUAUUCCGUGAAACGAAAACGAUUAUCAGGCCCGAAAUCGGGAAGUGUGGAUGUAAUUGGCGCUUACCUCCUUCCCCGUAGCUACAUACCAAAUUUCUCGAAAUCGGUUUAAGCCUGGACUGGUAACAAACAGACUGGCUUAAAGAACUCGCCAUAAUUGUAUAAAAAGAUAAAACUAAUCUGUCAGUGUCACUAUUUUAGGUUAUAUCUAGUUUACAAGUUUGCAUUUCGUCUACCUUGAUUGGAUUUAUUUGUCAUACAAAUAAGGCUGCUAUGGUAUUUCUCACUGUUACAAACUUAAUUCGGGUCCGAGGCCCAGAUGAAUUCUGGCGAAAAAGAAGGAUUUUUAGACUAGCUGCUCAUUACAUCGGUCGUCGAAGAAACUGUUACUCGGUCGCCGUGCGUAAUGUACACCGAGCGCUAGCAUACGCCACUAAGGCCCGAGAGCUGAAGAAGCAGGAUAUGAAGGACUUGUGGAACACGAGGAUCACUGCUGCGUGUGAGCAGCACAAUAUUACACAGUUUCAGCUCAAAGAGGGUCUCGACCGUGCCAACAUUAUGUUAGACCGCAAGUCACUCUCUAAUUUGGCCUCAUGGGAACCACGAACCUUUGAAUCGCUAGCUGCUGUGGCUAAGGAGAAGUUGCGUCUUGACGGAUUUGUGGAUACGGUUGACAAAAAAUACCCAACUGGUAUCAACCUAAACCUGAAGGAUGUCAUGUUAGAGCAAUGGUUGAAAGAAAAAAAGUGAAUUGUUUAUAUGUAUUUAAUCUAAAUUCUAUUUAUAAGUGGUUCAUUAGGAAAUAAACAAUUAGGUUAA